CGGCCGUUUACCAGAAUAUUUGUAUUCCCGUUGGUUGUUUACCCAACUUCCAUUCAUUCUCCGUCACCGGAAUAUCUCCUGAAUACAGGUUUGGCUACUAUGAAUGGAUAUUGAAGUCAAGAUCUUGAAGAACCUCUAGGAAAUAUGGCAGGUUUAGUAGCAACCCGAUUUCUUUUUCUUGUUGGCGAUGCUCUAUCUGUGAAAAAGCUCCCGAAGAUUUCUAAAGCUGCUUCAUUUCACAAAAGUGCCUGUAUAUUGAGCCAAUUUGGUAGUUCAAAUGGUCCGUUAACUCUAAAAAGCCUCGGAUUCAAGAAUGGGAUCGAAACAGUACCCAAGUUUGAGAAAGAUAAGGUUAGAAAUAAGGUUUCUACCCUUCAAGGUGAAGUCGAACAAGUUAAAAGCAAGCGAGUUAUAGUCAAAGUCAAAGCCGUUGCUAUGGGAAACCCUCUUGUAAUCGAGUCGGCCCCUUUUUCUGCAAAAUCGUUUUCAGAACUUGGUCUUCCUCCAUUGUUGGUUGAAGCACUAGAGAGAGAAGGCUUUAAUGUUCCGACGGAUGUUCAGUCAGCUGCCAUCCCCACGAUCCUUAACAAUCAUGAUGUCGUGAUUCAGUCGUACACGGGGUCUGGAAAGACAUUGGCAUAUGUUCUUCCAAUACUCUCAGAAGUGGGCCCACUCAAGGUUUCGCCUGAUGACGCUAAAAAGAAACCCGAUAUAGAAGCAGUGAUCGUGGCGCCUUCAAGAGAGCUUGGUAUGCAGAUUGUGAGAGAGAUCGAGAAGUUAUUGGGACCUGAAAACAAAAAAUUUGUACAACAACUUGUCGGUGGUGCAAACAGGUCGAGACAGGAGGAAGCUCUAAGGAAAAACAAGCCGGUUAUCGUUGUGGGAACACCUGGGAGGAUCGCGGAGAUCAGUUCCGCUGGAAAGCUUCACACCCAUGGCUGCCGUUUUCUAGUUCUUGAUGAAAUCGAUCAGCUCCUAUCGUUCAAUUUCCGAGAAGAUAUGCAUCGAAUAGUCGAACACGUGGGGAAAAAAGCCGAUUCUGGCCCAGCAAAGUACACAGAAAGCACGAUUAAGAGACGGGUUGAAAGACAAACGAUCAUGGUGUCUGCAACCGUGCCCUUUGCAGUGAUCCGAGCCGCUAGGAGCUGGGGUCGCGAUCCAAUUCUUGCACAAGCCAAAAAGGUUUCGCCUCUCGAAUCCGUUCCCCGCCCGGCUGGACCCAUCAAUUUAGCCACCGGACCCAACUCUGGUUCGGAUCUGCAGCAGAGCAACGCGGUCUCUGAUAGCCUACCACCAUCCUUGAACCACUACUUCUGUAUUUCAAGGCUGCAACACAAAGUGGACACCUUGAGAAGAUGCGUUCAUGCCCUUGAUGCAAAAACCGUUAUCGUUUUCAUGAAUCACACCCGUCAACUAAAAGACGCGGUUUUCAAGCUACAAGCCCGUGGAUUGAAUGCCGAAGAACUCCAUGGAGAUCUUGGGAAGCUAACAAGAUCUACAAUCUUGAAGAAAUUCAAGAAAGGGGAAAUAAGGGUAUUGGUUACAAACGAGCUAUCUGCUAGAGGUUUAGAUGUAUCAGAUUGCGAUCUUGUGGUUAAUGUAGACUUGCCGACUGAUUCGGUUCAUUAUGCGCAUCGGGCUGGAAGAACCGGUCGACUCGGGAGAAAGGGUUCGGUGGUCACCAUUUGUGAAGAAUCCGAAGUUUUUGUGAUCAGAAAGCUUCAGAAGCAACUUGGGGUUUCCAUCCAGUCUUGUGAGUUUGCUGAGGGUAAACUUGUUAUCGAGGAAAAAAAGUAGAGCCUUUUGUUUUAAACGAUUCGUUGCAGCGAGUAAACACAAGUACUAAAAGUAGCCUUUUUACUAUGG